AUGGCUCUACCAAACACCCCCUUCGGUGACAUGGUGAAGAAAUUUACCGACGCAUCGCAGUCCUGCCAUGACCUCCUAUCGUCGGAACGAACCAAGAGCUGGCACACGGCCGCGUUCGCAAAAUACGCGUUAGUCGCUUUGCAAUACCCACGAUUCGGUGCGAACCGCCAGUUCCGGUGCCCAGCGAUCGCGGACAUGACUGCAUUCCUCGCGAUCAGCCCUCGCAAUAGAAGACCCAAGCCCGAACCAAGACAGGACGAGGACGACGAGAGCGACGAAAUGCACUGGAUUUCCCCUGCCCUCAUUCCCUUACGUUGCCCACGGGAAGCAACCUCGUUUUGCAUACAGAAGCAUGAAUCCCUGCGCCGCCUAGAUUUCCUCUGCAAACAGUCUCAGAUCUUGGUUGGAUAA